AUGAACCACACCUGCGCUGUUGUAGACAUGACAGGCUGGCGUGUGCCAGAAGCAAACGUGUGGGCAGAGGUGUGCGUGAUUGCCAAUGUUGGUGCAGCCGUGGAGUUCUUUCUGUGGAGCCAAAAUCAGUGGACAGAAAUGUUCUAUCAGCUCUCAGGUAGUUACCUCACUCAGCAGCUUUCCAAGCGGAAGGAGGGAUCUGCAGGCCUAUUCAGCACGGAAUCACGUGACGUUUACACAGUUGGCUGGCCCCAUGAUAAGAGCAGGCAGCCUUCUGAAGUUGAUGCCAACCUGGUGGCCCUAUCAGAACUGCGUGGAAACAACAUGGGAGAACUUGGGGAGCUAUGCUCCGUCUGGGACCCAGAGCCACCUGCAGGUUCGUCAGGUCUUGCAACACAGUUGAAACUGCACAUUGCAGAGCCAUUCGUCACUAUGACAACGAGUCAAGGAGCCAUGCCACAGAUGCUGGAACUUAUUAGCAGCCUGGGUGGAUACCUGUCAAUUGUCUUCAGUGUCUUCACAUUGGUUUUCGUCCGGGCUUACCCGUUUAGCGACACGGCGAGGCUCUACGAUGCUCGCACUCUGAUUGGGUUUUCCGCCUGGGGCAAUCCUCCAGACCAUGAUCAGAGCGUGCAGAGUGUGUCCCCGGAUGUUGAGUGCAUCGGAGCGAGCGGAGCGAGCGAUCAAGAUGGUGCUCGCCUGACUGAACGGGAGCAACCAGAGCAAACAGAACGGACCGUCGUAGAUGCCUUUGCCACGAAGGCGUGGCAAGUGCCGAGUAAUCCUGGUACUGAAAAUUAA